AUGACCAAUUUUUCGCUGCACACCUCAUCAAGCUCAAUUGGAGGGGAGGCUCAUUUUGCUAUGAAUACUCGCCUUGAUGUAAACUACUCUUUAUUCAAGUCCAAAGGUGACUCUGACCUCGCCCUGGAGGCAGCUAAGGCAAAACAGAAAGUAUGCAAGGCGGAGAAAUAUCUGGCUGAUUGUAUUCUGGAACAUCAAUCUAUACUCCUCGACCUGUGGCGCCAUCAUGCAGAGGUAGCAAACUGCCAUUUAUUGAAUGCAGAUCUCAAUGUUGGACACAUGCACAUGGAGCGCAAGAAGAGUGGUAUUGCAGCAUUUGCUCACUCAGACUCAGGUUUAAUGUUUGCUGAUAGGCUGGUGCUGAAAUGGGCCAACUUGAAAUAUCCCAUCAACAUGAUGUUGGCCAUCCCUGAUGUGGUGCUGCCACAUCCCAAGUUCAAACUUGAAAACAAUCGCCCCCGGGCCGUCUACUUCUUCCUGGACGUGCCACUAUCAGCACCUUUGCGCACACCACAACCAAACUACACCAUGAAGAUCCAGUUCAUUUACUACCUUGCCAUCCUUACCGCUGCCGUCGGGGUGAAUGCAGCUGCUCCUACUGGUUCAUGCAUUUAUCAGUGCAAAGCGGCUCCUAUAGAACCCAUGCACUGUCAGGAAGGUUACCACGUCACCUGGGAUAGCACCCUAGGAUGCAACAUCUGCUGCGUCAAUGAAUAGUUAGUUAGACUCUUAGUAGCCAUUGAGUUUGUACAGAUGAUGCUUUUUACGUUUAUCUGGUUACCUAUCAAAGCAUUUGAUAGCAUUUGCGUCCUCUGAAGGCAUGCACACGCUUUAGACCUUCGCGAUUGUGUA